AUGGUUGGAAGACCCAUUUUGCGAGCCGAAGAACGGACCGGUGAUGUGGAGAUAAAAGAUAUAAUGUGCGGCGAUGAGGCGAGUGCAGUCCGGUCCUCAUUGCAGAUUUCAUAUCCAAUGGAGAACGGAAUCAUCAAGAACUGGGAGGACAUGGAGCAUCUCUGGGAUUAUGCCUUCUACGAGCGCAUGAAGGUAGACACUACGGGCCAAAAGGUGUUGCUGACCGAGCCUCCAAUGAAUCCACUUAAAAACCGUGAGCAGAUGGUGAAUGUGAUGUUUGAGAAGUACAACUUUGGCGGGGUGUAUGUAGCUAUCCAGGCUGUGCUCGCUUUAUACGCCCAAGGACUUUCUUCCGGUGUUGUUGUUGAUUCUGGUGAUGGUGUAACCCACAUCGUGCCUGUUUAUGAGAGUGUGGUGCUGAACCAUCUCACCAAAAGACUGGAUGUCGCUGGAAGAGACGUUACCCGUAAUCUGAUUAACCUAUUGUUGAGAAGGGGUUAUGCUUUCAACAGAACGGCAGACUUCGAGACGGUGAGACAGAUCAAAGAGAAACUUUGCUAUGUUUCGUAUGAUUUGGAUUUUGACCUCAAAUUGGCUAACGACACCACUACUCUCGUGGAGAGUUACGAAUUGCCAGACGGAAGAGUGAUAAAGGUGGGCAGUGAAAGAUUUGAGGCUCCAGAGUGUUUGUUCCAACCAUCUCUGGUUGACAUCGAGCAGCCUGGAGUUGGUGAGGCUCUUUUCAACACUAUCCAGGCUGCGGAUCUCGACAUCAAGUCUACUCUCUUCAAGGCCAUUGUGCUUUCUGGUGGCUCCAGUAUGUACCCGGGUCUUCCAUCUAGAUUGGAGAAGGAACUCAAACAGCAAUGGUUCACCAAGGUGUUGCAUGGAGACCCCACAAACCUCGACAAGUUCAAGGUUCGUAUCGAGGAUCCCCCAAGAAGAAGACAUAUGGUUUUCAUCGGUGGUGCCGUUUUGGCAAGUAUCAUGAGCGACAAGGAUCACAUGUGGAUUAGCAAGCAGGAGUGGGAGGAGCAGGGUCCACGGGUUCUUGAGAAGCUUGGUCCUAGGUGA